AUGACAAACAAGAGAAUCGAAACUCUAAAAGAUGUGGUGGAUAAGCCAAGCCUCCACGAGGCAGACCACAUAAUUCUUUUCAAUCUUAUCUUCCAGAUCUGCAUGGCUCUUGCAGUGCUUUCUGUAUUUAUUGUGUGCCGCAAGAAGCUGCCCUGGAUAUAUGCCACAAAUCCAAAGAGAUGCAAGCAGCACCCAGCUGCGAAGUACAGCGGAUACUUCAACUGGAUAGUUCCUAUUUUCACCAUCCCAGACACAGUGCUCUUUGAGCUUAUAGGCUUUGACGCUUUUCUCUUCAUUGAGACGCUAAAGCUUCUUGGCAUUAUUUUCCUGUUUCUCUCAAUUGUCCUUAUGCCAGGCCUUGGGGCGUACUACUACUUUUUUGCAAAAAGCAAGCACCCACUGCAGUUUAUCACAAAGGUUUCACUGCUCUCCCUGCCAACAAAUCCGCGCUAUGCAAACUGCCUCAUCCCAUGCAUUUCCAUUUGGCUCAUAACUAUGAUAAUUAUCUACUUCAUGUACACGUUUUAUCGGAAGUAUGUUAUUCUUCGGCAGCUGCAUAUAAGAAGCAGGGUCUUCUCUAGAUCCACCAUGUCGAUCAAAAGGUACCUGAACGAGAUAAGCUCCCUAGGCGCAGCAAUCAGCGAGAUAAACAUAAGCUCGCAGACCGUUUUCAUUAACAACCUCCCUGCAAGCAUCCAGCAUAAGGCAGACCUGAUUAGAUACAUGAAAGUGCUUGGUGUGGAGGCAGAGCCCAUAAACGCGCACGUGGUGACAGACACAAAGGCCCUGGAGAAUCUCAUAAACAAGAAAAAGAAUGCCAUUCUGCUUCUUGAGGAAGAGCUGCAGAGGUUCUUAAUAGGCCUGAAUAUUGCAUCUUUGAGCACGGAGUUCUUCGUGCAAAACCUUCGCAACUACGACAGGUCCUUAGACCUCAUUUCCAACGCCAUUACAUGGCACAAGAAAAAUGUGUCAAAAAAAGAGUUUAUGGAGAGCGAGAUGCACACUCUUAUGGAAAAUGCCCUCAGCGGGAAGUUUUUCGAUAUUUUAGAGAAAGUGCAGAGGAGAAAGAUAAAUCUCAAAAUAUACGAAUAUGUGGAGCAUAUUAAGAUCCUCACAGAAAAGAUAGAUGAAGAGAGAAGGAAGAGCAUGAAGCAAAGCACAGAGGUAUCUAGCGAGCAGACAGAUUCUACGACAGAGCUGCACGACACAUACAACUUCUACAUGAAUGGCUCUAUUUUUAUCACGGUUAUGUCUCUCUUCUAUAUAAGGGACGCAUACAACAACUUUAUCAAAAGCAUUCCCAGAAAUACACACUGCGGCUUUGUGACGUUUAAAAACUCCUCGGAUGCAAGCUCGCUAAGAAUGAUUCUCAUUGGGUCGGGAGCAUUCAGCUGCCAUGCAUCAGAGGCCCCUCCUGCCGAUCAGGUCAUCUGGUCGGUCCUCGUAGAGCCGCAGAUCCACAGGGUUAUAAGAAAGCUUGUUGGCACCAUCCUGACCAUUGUUUUUGUCAGCGUGUUUAUUGUCAUUGUCUUCUUUGUUUCCACCCUUAUUAAUAUCUCAACGCUCUAUGCAGUGGUGCGGAUGAUUAACCCGCAGCUGAAUGCCAUCACAGGGACCUCAAAGUUCCGGAAGACCUUCCAGGGUAUUAUUGUGCCAACCGUGUAUGCGCAGUUUCUAUCCCUUGCGCCAAUCAUUCUGAAGUGGAUCUGCCUCUUUGAAGGAAGCAUCUCGCACAUAGAGUUCCAAAAGAGCUUUGGAAGGAGGUACUCAAUGUUUCUUUUUUUCAAUGGAUUUCUUGUAAUUAUAUUUGGGUCAACAAUAGCAAACCUUUUGAACAGCGCAAAUGUGAGUUUUAACAUCGUCAACCUGGUUUCCACCCCAAUAGUUUCCUCCUCAAUCUUUUUCCUUAACUUGCUCAUCCACAAGACCUUUGGAAGCCUUGCCUUUGAGCUUCUCGACAUUUCUGCCCUCAUACAGUGGGUAAUCACGUACAUUCUGGGGGGCGUGCACACAUGCAGAGAGAAAACCCUGCAGUUUGACUCCAAGCCGAUUAACUUUGGCAUGCUCUACCCCCAGGUCUUCCUGCUCUUUCCAAUGGUUCUGAUAUACUCCAUCAUCUGCCCGCUUUUCAUGGCCCUGGGGUGCCUCUACUUCUUUGGAGCCUUCUUUGUGUUUAAGUAUCUUUUUAUAUACUCGCAUGCAAGCACCCUGGAGAGUGGCGGCGAGCACUGGCCCUCCCUGUUUGAGAAUAUCUUCUACUCCCUGACUGUGUUCCAGCUCCUCACGCUCAUAUACUUUGUCUCGCAGAAGCAGUACAUUUCCAUUGCCAUAAUACUCCCGCUCAUCAUUGUGACAGUCGGGAUAUGGCAGGGAUUCACAGGCCUUAUAAAGAAAAACUGCUACUACCUGCCGAAAAACGAGUCUGAGUUCAAGGAGAGCCAGCAGCUAAUACAGGAGCUCUUCCAGGCCAGAAAAAAGGCUAUUCUUAACUGGAAGGAGUCCUCCGCAGUAGAGAAGGACACAUACUGUCUUUUUAAAGAGAAGGUGCUCGAGGACGGAGAGAUCCCGUACGUCUACAAAGACCUUUCCUUUCUCCCAUCUGCGUCCUUAGUCAUCUUGCCAAAGUGGUUUAUUAUUACUCUUAUGUAUUUAAAGGAGAACGGAGACCCUGCUGUUUUUAAUCUGUCACCUACAUGGACGCAGCGGCUCGUUGGGUGA